UGUGUCACUAUACACAACCUUCCACUACGCUUUUCUGUUACUCCGUUUUUCACUAGCUUUGGAUUACAUCAUUGUAGCUAUGGCGUCUUCACUCGCAAUGAAAAGGCUGUGGUCUUCGAACAUGCUCUCCCGGUCCCUCCGUCCUGUCUGUGCGGUGGCUCAGCCGUGCACCUCACGCUUAUUUAACACCAAUGCUAUGCGCCAGUACGACCGCGAUGAUCGUGAUCUCGACAUUGAUCGCCAAUCUGAUCGACGUGUCUUCUCCCCGUUCUCAGGUAGGGUGUUUGAUCCAUUUUCGUCAAGGAGCCUAAGCCAAAUCCUGAACAUGAUGGACCAGUUCAUGGAGUCACCUGUUGCCACGGGGGUUCCCAGAAAUUGGGAUGCUCGGGAAACUGACGACGGUCUCUAUCUCCGAAUGGACAUGCCGGGGCUAGGAAAGGAGGAAGUCAAGGUGUCCGUGGAACAAAAUACUCUAAUCAUCAAAGGCGAGGGCAAGAAGGAAUUCGAGGACGAAGAGGGUGGGAGGAGGUACAGUAGCAGAAUUGAUCUUCCGGAGAAACUGUACAAGACUGAUGAGAUCAAAGCAGAGAUGAAAAAUGGUGUUCUCAAAGUUUUCAUACCUAAAAUUAAACAAGAGGAGAGGUCUGAUGUUGUCCAUGUCAAAAUUGAGUGAUUGGUGACUUUAUGUAUUAAAAAUUAACAACGGAAGUUUGGUGCUAUAAUUUAGGUUUCAAAGCUUGUAAUGUAAUGGACUGGGUGUUUUAUUAUACUUCAGCGGUGAGUUUCACUUUGGAAUCUUGAUUUUAA